CUAUCUCAGGUGUUGGGAAGAAAGCAGGCUCUUACCUAAUGUGUAAUUGGCUGACAUCUCCCAAUCACCAGAUAAGCACUUGUGUUCUCUUUCAUCUACAGACUGGCUGCUGUCUGGCUAGAAGCUAUCUGAACCAGUGAAGCUUGGGCAGGUUUUUCUCAGUCUAAUUUUAGAAAAUGCCAAGUAGGAAGUUUGCGGACGGUGAAGUGGUAAGAGGUCGGUGGCCCGGGAGUUCGCUUUAUUAUGAAGUAGAGAUUUUGAGUCAUGAUGGCAAAUCUCAGCUCUACACCGUAAAAUACAAGGAUGGAACUGAGCUGGAAUUGAAGGAGAGUGACAUCAAGCCUUUAACUUCUUUUAAGCAAAGGAAAAGUGGCUCAACCUCCAGUUCUCCCUCCAGACGGCGGGGGAGCAAAGGGAGUCGAGGGAGUCGGUCAAGGUCACGCUCCCGGUCCCCUGGUCGGCCACCUAGAAGUUCCCGAAGAUCUGCCUCCGCUUCCCACCAGCCUGAGAUUCGGGAAACAAGGAGGGAAAUACUGGAAGUCAAAUUGACUCCACUGGUGUUGAAGCCAUUUGGAAAUAGCAUCGGCAGAUACAAUGGGGAAGCAGAGCACGUGGAGAGCAAUGCGGAGAGGAAUGAGCUGCCCCAUAAGAACACACAGGAAAAAUUCCAUUUACCACAAGAAAGCAGUUAUGUGUCUACACAGUAUAGCCUUCGUCCUAGAAGAGAAGAGAUCAAGUUAAAAGAAACAGAUUUUAACGAAGAAAAGCUUGUUACGAAAAGACCUGCGUUGUUGAGAACCUAUGAAGUGAGCACCACGCAGACGGAGGACCUGGAGUUCGGAGGAGUCCCUGGUGUGCUCCUCAUCACGACUGGCCUGCCUGUCUUCCUCUUCCUGUUGCUGUUGAUGUGUAAACAGGAUGAGCCCAGUCUUCUCAACUUCCCCCCUCCUCUGCCAGCAUGGGAUGAUUUAUGGGAAACGAGAGUGUUUGGGGUCUACCUCCUCUGGUUUUUCGUUCAAGCUCUGUUCUACCUGCUGCCAAUUGGGAAGGUUGUAGAAGGAAUGCCUCUUAUCAAUGGGAGAAGACUCAAGUACAGAUUAAAUGGAUUCUACGCGUUCCUGCUGACGGCUGCGGCUGUCGGAGCGUCUCUCUACUGGGGCCUGGAGCUCCAUUCCAUGUACCGUCACUUCCUUCAGUUUGCGCUCGCGGCCACUGUGUUUUCUGCCCUCCUCAGUGUUUAUCUCUACGCACGCUCUUUGAAAGCACCCAGGGAAGAGCUGUCCCCUGCCAGCUCUGGAAAUGCUGUCUAUGAUUUCUUCAUUGGCCGUGAAUUAAAUCCUCGAAUUGGUACUUUUGAUCUCAAAUACUUUUGUGAAUUGCGCCCUGGAUUGAUUGGAUGGGUGCUUAUUAACCUGGUGUUGCUUUUGACUGAAAUGAAAUUAAACAACCGUGCUGCUCCAUCCUUGGCAAUGAUUUUGGUUAACAGUUUCCAGCUCUUAUAUGUGGUAGAUGCCCUCUGGAAUGAGGAAGCAGUGCUGACAACCAUGGAUAUCCUCCGUGAUGGAUUCGGAUUCAUGCUGGCUUUUGGAGAUCUGGUGUGGGUGCCGUUUAUCUACAGCUUCCAAGCCUUUUACUUAGUCCAUCAUCCUAAUGAAGUGUCUUGGCCAGUGGCUUCUUUAAUUAUCGCUCUGAAACUCUCGGGGUAUGUGAUCUUCCGAUGUGCAAAUUCUCAGAAAAAUGCAUUCCGGAAAAACCCGGCUGAUCCCAAGCUGGCACAUUUGAAAACCAUUCACACUUCGACGGGAAAAAGUCUCCUCGUCUCUGGAUGGUGGGGCUUUGUUCGCCACCCCAAUUACCUGGGCGAUCUCCUCAUGGCGCUGGCCUGGUCCCUCCCGUGUGGCUUCUCGCACGCGCUGCCCUACUUCUACGUGGUCUACUUCACGGUGCUGCUCGUGCACCGCGAGGCCCGCGAUGAGCGCUACUGCCGGAGCAAGUACGGCCUGGCCUGGGAGAAGUACUGCCAGCGCGUGCCCUACCGCCUCGUGCCCUACCUCUACUAGCCCAGCCGGCAGCGGAGCCCAGGGUGAACGCCCGCUCCUCGCACUGAUGGGACCUGGAAGUUGCUUUCUUUCCCGAGGCACGACUACGGAGCCACGUGGGAGGUCUUUUCGUACAGCUGCGUUUCUUUUUAUGAUAACAAUAACGAAAAACGCAAACAGAAUGUUUGAAUUUUCAAUCCUUAAAAAUCUGAAAACAAAAGUCUUAUUAUAAAUGCACUUGCAAAGAAUACUAUUGAUGUUUAUGGGUUUUUGUUUACUUUGAAUUUUUGACUUUUUACUUCGCCAGUUUUUGCCUAAAUGAAAAACACUGUUACACUUAAACUACAUUUACAUUUAUUGCAUUGAGAAUAGAAUUUUCAUUUAUAAUUCAAAACUCAUCCUAUGUUAAAUCCUGUUAUGUGAAAAGUGAUCAAAGAUAGUAGCAAGCACCGUUUAAAGGAAACCAUUAGUAGCAGUUGGCUUAACUUCAACUUCUAGAACUGCCUUUGCAAAUGUAAAUAUCGCUUAUACUUUUAUGUAAUAUAUGGUGACUUGAGAUUUUUCUGUACAGUAAGUAUUUUAUAUGUGAGAUAAUUGUCAGGACUAAAUAUCUUUAACAGAAACAUUUUCAGUAUUUUGAAUUUUUAUACAAUGACACAUGAAUUAAAAAAUUUGCAGCAAUUAGAAUUAAUAUUGUAUAGAAGAUGCUUUUAAAACAUAGGAAGGGUAUUUUUCUUAAUCCAAAGUUUGUGAAUUUGGCUUUGCUACCUCAAUUGCAGGUGUUUUUUUGCCUUUAAAAACUGCUGCAAAUAGAAAAAAUAUGUAUUUUUGAAGUAACAUCACUAUCUAAACAUUUUUACACACAUUGGUGUUUGGAAAUUUGCCAUUUUAGGCUAAUAUUUUUAUAUAUUUUUGAGUUUUUAAAUCCAACAGUGUUUUUGCUACUGUUUAGCUCAGGCAGUUCAUACUGUGCUUUGUACAUUCUUUAUAUUUACUAUCUACAAAGAAGGGAUUAGCUUAAAAUCAUUUCUUUUAGUUUAACAGAUGUGAAUAAGGUAGCUUUAACCAUUAAAAUUCUAGUGAAGUUGAUACAGUCUCAUUGUAAUGGAACAGUAGCAAAUUCACUCAACUUUUAUAUUCAGAGUUCAGUUGUUCUAUCUUAAACAUAGAGAAGUGUAAUACGUAAGAGUGUGUAUGUUGGGUUUUACAUAUUCCUUUUACAUAUGAGCCAUUUGAAUAGGCAGUGUUCACUCUGCACUGCCAUUUGAAGCGUGCACCGUAGCUUGUGUAAAUGCGAUCAUGGAGUGGGCUUGUCUAGCAGUCUGCAGCUUACAGUCGUUAAUGUGGUUUUGGGGACGCUGUCAGUGAUUGAUAGUACCCACGUAUGCAGUUGUUUUAUUAUGCUUUUCUCCUGGCAUCGGAAAGCGGUAUCCCAGCAUGCUCUGGGCCAGAGCAGAGGACAAAGGACAUUAACUGCUUUCUCUGGUAAUGAAGAGCCUGUUAGCAACACCGUGCUGCCAUUUCUGGAUAUCAGUUACAGUUGGUUUUUAAUUUUGGUUUUAAGUUGGAAAUAAAGUUGUGAAUAAAAAUGUUGCUUUGAUCACCUUGGA